AUGGCUUUAGCGCACCUGAUGGAGCACAAGUUGCUGUCCGACGUGACGGGCUUCUCCGCUCUCCGGACAGGCGCGCUCGCUGAAAGGCUGGUGACGCAGGAUCGAAGUGCGAAGCUUGGGGAACACUGGAAGGCUGACAUAUCUGUAUGUGACCGGCAAGUCCUCACGAGGGAUAAGAAGGUUGCGUGGUACACCGAGCGACCUGAUGAAGCCCAGUUCACCCCGGCCGCUCGCAAGCUGCUCGAGCAGUACAGCAAUAUUCCUGCAGACAAGGUCGAGGACCAUGUCGUCAAUAUUCGUAACGAAGCCUGGGACAUCUUCCCAUAUCCAUGCAUUGGACAGUUCAGGUUCCUGGAUUUGACUCUCAGGGAGUUCGACAUCUACCCCGACGUCCUGAAGCGCCUACACGACGGUCAGCGAUUGUUGGACAUGGGCUGCUGUUUUGGGCAAGAGAUCCGUCAAUUGGUGCAAGACGGUGCCCCUGCUGAGAACAUCUACGGCUGCGACUUGAGGGAGGAAUAUAUUGCGCUCGGUUACAAGCUCUUCAGGGACAAAGAUAAGCUCAAGGCCAACUUCAUUACUGCCAAUAUCUUCGAUGUGACCUCCCCUCUCACUGAAUUGAGCGGCCGCUUCGACAUGAUCUUUGCAGGAUCCUUCUUCCAUCUUUGGGGCUAUGAGCAGCAAGUCAAGGUUUCAAAGCUCGUCGCUGCCUUGCUGCGUCCUCAAAAGGGUUCCAUCAUCCUUGGUCGCCAGGUCGGAUCGUACUCAGCCGUUGAACCAGGUCAUGUCACCAACGCCGACGGCAAGAUGUUCCAGCACAGCGUAGAAAGCCUCAAGAAAAUGUGGAAAGACAUUGGAGACGACCUCGGGAUUUCCUUUACCGUCGAUGCCAAGCUGGCGGAAUCGGAAGGUCUACUCAAAUUUCUCCCAAGCAACGCCAGGCGCAUAUGGUUUACCAUAAGAAGAGAGUAG